UUUAAGACUGGUUGUUGACAAGUUUUCGAAAAGAUGUGUCGUUGUUAUCAUUUGAAUAUGAGUUCAGUCUUCUUCUUCAAUUUAAUCCUUCUUUAAAUGACCAUGGUAUCUUGAUUAGUUAAUUAAGUUAAUUGUCAUCGGUUUGAAUGGUUUGUUUCUUCAUGUAAUUUUCAUAUUUUGUUUUCCUUUUCAUUAUCAUGAUCAAUCUUGCUUGCUUUUUUCACCACAUCAAAUGUUUUCUUCUUUCUAUGGAUUCUUAAUGCGCUAUGACUAACGCAGUUUUUGCCUGUCAACCUUUUAACUGUGAUUCCAUCAAUCAUCUAAUUUCACCUGAACUGUGAUUAUUUAUUAUUAUUACCAGGCUUUUAAUAUCCUCGCAACCUGAAUUUUCAUGUUGGCAAAAGGGAUGAGCUAUUGUCAUUGGAUGAAAUAAAGUGUUUGGAAGAAGCUGCAAUCCAACACAACCUGGUUCAACAACAAAUCUCAAUCAUAUCCAGAUUUCAUGUUUUCCUCCAUUUACAAGUUUACAUUUUUCAACUACUAAUAAUUUACAGUUACUUCUACCAAUUAUCUUCUACCUUAUCCAUUGUUAUUAAUUUAUUUAUUUUAAUCCGGUGAUUUUACAAAUUUGUAUCCUGUUAACAAUCAUUACACCUGUUUCAUUGUCUUGAAAUUUAAAUUGCCACCAGUUGGAAAUUAAUUAAUCAUGGGAUCCAGUUCAUUUCGACCACGUAAGUGUUUGGGCAAAGAGAAGUACAGUAAAGUGGUCAAAGAGUGCCAAGAAACUGGUGUUAGCUACGUGGACCAUAAUUUUAAAGCCGAAGACUCUUCAGUUUACAAGUCAAUUGGAUUUAAAAAUAGACUGGCCGCUGGUAAAAUAACAUGGAAACGACCUCGUGAACUUACCUCUGAGCCCUUUACAUUAUUUAAAGACAAAUUGGGACCCAACACAAAUAUUCAAUUUCUUGGUUAUGGGCCAAACGAGUGGUUCGUUGCGGCUGCUGUUGCUUUAUCGCAAGAUAAGAAUUUGGUUUACAAGAUUCUACCCAAAGAUCAAAACAAUUUUGAUCAUGGAAUCUUCAAAAUUUGGAUUUGGGAUUUUGGAGUUUGGACAAAGGUUUUAAUUGACGACAAACUACCCAGCUCGGAUAACAAAUUAAUCUUCACCUCUUCUCAAUGUGGACAAAUGUUUUGGGUACCUUUACUUGAAAAAGCUUACGCCAAAUUGAAAGGAAAUUAUGAGACAAUGUCAACCUUCGGUAAUCUGGCCAAUGUACUGACUGAUUUUUCAGGAGCACCAACCGAAGAGAUUAAAAUAAGCUUAGAUGACGAUGAAAAGGACCACUUUCGUUUAAUUGCCGAGGAAGUUAACCAUAAAUCUUUAGUUUGCAUUAAAACUCGGGGCGACUCUGGUGAUCAUUAUUCAAAUGGACUUAAAUCAGGACGUUUCUAUGUGGUAACAUCUGUUAAGAAGCCUGCUUCCGGAACAUUCAAGAAAAACUCAAAAGAUGGAACAGCAAGUUUCAAAUUAAUCGAUACCAUAUACCCUGAAAAACGAAGUUCUAAAAGCAGUUUUCUGGAUGAAAAGUAUACUGAGCAAUGGAUCAACCUUGAAAAAUUUUGCGACAACUUUGAGUCAAUAACAAUUUGUCGCUUACACAUUGAAGAUAAUCGAUUUGUCGAAAUUCGCCAUUCAAAUGUAGCAACACAGUUUUGCUUUGACGUUCCCAAUGAUUCAGAGGAAGUGAUGGUUGAUUUCAUCCAAAAAAAUGACCAACCCGAAUUGUUAGGCUUCAAAAUUUACCAAGUCGAGUCUAAUCGAAAGUAUCGUCUACACAAUCCAGCCCUUUGUAAUAUGAUAUACGUUCACGAGUCUGUUAAAAAGCGAUCCAUCUUCCAUCGAAUCAAACUAAACAUUGGUCGAUACAUAAUCAAACCAGUUUGUAAAUCAGAUAGCGAUUUACUCAUUAGACUUUACACUAAAUCAAGAUCUAAUUUAAGAGUAUUAAAUGAGGAUAUGCCAAAGAAAAACUUUUUCAAUUUUCUUGCACCGAGAUAUCCAAAAUUCGUUUCCAAAGUAACGGUUCACUCUAUCAAUGGAAUUGAGAAACAAGAUCGAUUCGGAAAUGCUAAUCCUUAUCUUAUAAUUCGUUGUGGAGGUGAUACUGUUAGAUCGAGUCCUGUUAAUAACACUUUGGAUCCUGAUUUUAAAGAUUUUUCUGCUAUAUUUUAUCAUGGUUCAGCUGAAACAAUUUUAAUUGAGGUUUGGCACAACAAUUUGCUUUUUGAUUCCUUUAUUGGUCAAGUUGAGAUUCCUAUUGAUUUAAAUAAGAUUGAGUCGACACUUUCUUGCGAAGAGACACUUUGUGGUCGUAAAAAGGGCCAUACAAGACCUGGUAUCGUAAAGUUUAAAGUUCACACUUCAGAAGACUUGAAAUCGAUAUGAAAAAUUGGAAGAAGCUUGAUAAUCUUGAAAAUAUCUACAUCUAAAGACUGCUUAACGCACAUUGGAAAAUAUCUGCAGGAAUUUUAUGGAUGCAUUCAAAAGAUUCUGAUGGAAAUCUAUUAAUCUAAUCAAACAAAAUUUAUCAUUAUUUAUGUUCCGAUGAUCAAUUGAACGUCAAUCUUACCCAAUAAUAAAGUAAGAUUGUUCAAUCGAUUGAUUAAUCUGUCAAUCAGUCAUGAUUGACUCUAACUAAUCCUGCUUUUUCGCCAGUCCAAUAACUAACAUUCCUAUUCUGCCAUUCUUACACUUUGUAUUUUAACGCAUUUCUAACUUCUAAUUAUUGUCAAUGGCUACUGUUUGACUUAUCAAAACACCUUUUGACAAUUGAUUAGCACUUGGAUACAUUUUGAUUUGUUUUUUACCUAGAUCUAGUUCUUGGCAUUUGCAUACAAAAAACAAACUCAAAUUCAUUGUUUUUAUACAUAAUUUCUUUAUUUAAAUUAAUCGUUCUCUUUUCUACGAUUCAUUGUCCAGCUUAUCUCACCUUGACCACAUAUAUUUUGUUUAAAGGCCAUAGUCAAUUGUAACCAUUAUAAUCAAAGCAUUUUAAUACACGUAUUUAUAAAGAGUAAAAGAGAGGGAUGUGGCAAUUUUGUUAAACUAACACUGUAUACAUACCUUGACAAUUUAAACAAAACUAAACGGUGAAAAAGAAAGCUUAGAUACUCAUUGAAAAUUAAAAUUCUGUAUUUAAAUUGUUA